AGGUCGGCCCCCCCACCCCCCCCGCGACAGGCCCGGUGCUGCCUCCGGCUCGGUCGGCAGGGCCCGCGCGCGGCGAUGGCUGAUUACUGGAAAUCACAACCAAAGAAAUUCUGUGAUUACUGCAAGUGCUGGAUAGCAGACAACAGGCCUAGCAUUGAAUUUCAUGAAAGGGGAAAGAACCAUAAGGAAAAUGUGGCAAAGAGAAUUAGUGAGAUUAAAAAGAAAAGCUUGGAAAAGGCACAAGAAGAGGAAAAAAUGUCAAAGGAAUUUGCAGCAAUGGAGGAAGCUGCACUGAAAGCAUAUGAAGAAGAUUUAAAAAGGCUUGGAGUUAAGCCAGAGUCCAUAGGUCCCAGCUCCACACAAACUAAACAAGUGGAAAAGAAAGAAAAGAAGGAAAAGAAAAAAAAGAAAGGAGUCACCUCAAAAAUGUCAUCAGGAGAAACAAAGGAGUGGGUACAAGGAUUUUCUCCUGAGGGUUACACAUAUUACUACAAUACAAUUACAGGAGAGUCCCAGUGGGAGAAGCCUGAAGGAUUCCAAGACAUCCCCCAGAACUCUCAAACGACAGCAGUAUGGGUGGAAGGAGUCACUGAAGAUGGUCAUACAUAUUAUUAUAAUACACAGACUGGAGUGUCAAAAUGGGAGAAACCUGAAGGUUUUUUUUCACCUUUAAAUGAGAGCAGACAAGAUGACAUUCGUUCUAAAGCACUCACAGCAGCAGCUUCAAAGGUAGCUGUAUCACGUACUGAAAAGGGAGGUAAAAAACAUGAAGUACAGAAGCCAAAAAUAAACUUUAAGAGGAAAGAGGAUAGUAUUGAAGAAACAGAGGAAGAGACUCCUCCCAAAGCUAAAAAGAUAAGCCUUUAUGGAAAGUGGCAGAAUGUGAAACAAGGUGGUGAGGAGGAAGAGGAGGAGGAGGAGGAAGAAGAUGACUCUACAUCAGUUCCGCAAAAAACAUCCCACAGUCUUUCUAAAAAGACCAAUCCUUAUGGAGAUUGGGAGACAGUUGCAAAAGAGGAAGUCUCAUAUGAAAAAGUGGACUUAGAACUUCCUAGUAUGGAUAGUGACCGUCUACCUCCUCCAGUGCUAGAAGUUCCAGAGGAUGCAAAAGUGAUAUUUAAAGAAAAAAUAGUCACAUCCCUUGGAGACCUGACAGAAGGGAUAUCAACCUUUAGAAAGAGAAAAUUUGAAAAUGGAAAAUCUAGAAACUUAAGACAAAGGACAAGUGACCAGUAAUACUUUAACAAAUUGAUUUAGUUGUUUUAAGUAAAGAGUCAGCGUAAAUAUUUUAACGACCUUUUUUAAAGAAAAAGUUAGGAAUUAAGAAUUUAUAGUUGUUAAAGUGUGUUGGCUGUGCAUUGUAAUAUUUGUUUUAUUUUGAUUUCAGUGUGAUUACAUUUUGUUUUCUGAAUGGAAGUUUAUGUUGUAUUACUCAUGCAAUAUGUUAAAUAAUUUGUAUUUUUUAUUUCAACUAUAUGAUCUGAAUUCAGUUUGCUUAGUGUCUGUUGUUUUAGAAUUUUUUGUAUAGUUUGACUCCCUUCUUAGCUAAAUAGAAAUAUAGCAAUGUACCACUUGGACAAAUUUGGUAUAGAAUUUGUAUGUGUACACAAAAAGUGAAUAAACAACAAUGAGCUACCACCAAUGCUUUAGGCCAAUGGUUUUCAAGCUAAAGUACGCAUACCCCCAGGGUUAUAGGUACUUUGCUAAGGGGUACAUGUCUAAAUUUGAAUAAUGGCAGUGGAUUUUCCAAUUGACCAGUGCAUGGUGAAUAACGGCAUUGCUGUGCAUUGUCAUCAGUAUUGACAUUGAUCUUAAGGAAUGAAUAAGCAAUAUUUUGCAGGUAAAGGGGUACACAGCCAAAAGUUUGAAAACCACGGCAUAGAAUCAAGCUCUAACAUUGCAUAUGCAGAGUAGCCUUUCAGCUAAUGAGUAAAAGAUAUGUGCCUCUGUGCUUUGCUUUAAUGGUUGUUAAACUGCACAUAAUGAUCAUUCAUUCAUUACAAGCAGAGUCUGAGAUUUUCCAAAGUCAAGUUUAGAGGGUUUAGCCAUGCAUAUAGCUAGUCAUUUCAAAAAGGAGAUUCAAAGGUUUUGAAAAAUCUCAACCAUAGUGUUUUACUUUGAGCUCAUGGAAUGUGUGUGUGUGUGUGUGUGUGUGUGUGUGUGUGUGUGUAUAUAUAUAUUACAAGUGUACAGAAGAUUCAGACCUUGUCCUCACGAAUAAGUUUGUCACAAUACCAGUACUGAAAACGCAUCUUUAGUUGCAGACCUCUAACAUCCUCUCCAUCAUGUUUUUACAAUAUAGUUCUCUCUCCUUGAAUUUUCAUCUAUUUACACAGUUAAUUUCUUUUCUCCAUUCCUUGUUUUCUUUGUAAGCCAGGACUGAUCUUACCCUGACUCCAUAAAUGUGUCUUGUAGGUAGAAACAUGCUCUAAUACCCAACACUAUUUAAGUAGCUGUUGCUUGUUUAAAGUGUUUAGAUGAGUGCGCUAUGUAGGUGCAGACGGUGCCAAGUCACUGAUCGUAAAAAAAAAAAAAAAAAAAAAGUGCCCAAGUGUGGUCUAAUAGCAACAAUAGUUAACUAAUCAUAACAGCUGAAGGGGAAGAAACCAAGUGCACAGUUGUUUCGAACAUGUGCAAGAAUUUUGGAACAGGAAAUUAGAAGAAUAAUAAACAUAGCUGGUGGCAGGACUCUCACAGAGCUCUUUAGGUACCCAUCUGCGAGAAGUCCGCGAUUUAAAUGAUGAAACAUUUUAAGGUUAGUGUCCUAAAAUUCACAAUUAGAAUUCAUUUUUCAAAUGAUGAAAUUGUCUUUGUUUAGCGUCAGUAAAAAUCUGUAGGCUGAAAAAGGAGAUGGUGGUACACAAUGCUUUCAUAACUAUUGGCUCUGUUCUUCUGACACAAAUCUAAUGAUCGACUAGUGUCUCCCACUGUAAUGUAGAGUCCCCACUUCUAACUUUUGUUCUAACAAAGUUAUUCUGUGCCCAAAUACAGUGUGAGAUACUUCCUAAGUGCUAGUUCUGUGGAAGUUUUGACUAAGCAAGGAGAGCAGAACUAGAACUGACCCAUAGUACAGCAGAGAUUUAAUUCUUUUUUGCAGUUCUAUGGCAUCUUUUGGAGGUACAGAAAGAAAUUAAGUGAAUGGUUCUCAGCCUUUUUAGCCUCAGAGUGUGUGCUCUUAGUUUUGACUCAUUCUUUGACUACAGAAAAAUAAUAAAGCAAUUUUGUUGCAGAGAAUUGAGAGAGACCACAAUGGGCCAGAAUAUUUUUAACACCGUGGAUUCCCAUUUGAAAUAUCUGGGUUUAUCUUAUGAAUCAUGUUUGUGUAUCUCACAGCGCUAACUUUGCGAGGUACCCCACAGCACCCUCAUAAGGUGCCUCGCAGCACCCUGGGUGAGAAUCCAUUGAAUUAAGUAAUCAAGUACUUAGUCAACUGUGUUAUUUGCAUAGCAGGACAAGAAUGAAAUGUUUCUUCCAGUAUAUGUGUUCUGGGACAAAUGUCAAGGGACUCCUUAAUUUCCAUCCAGAGACCAUCAUUUAGAGGUCCCACUUUUCAGUAUGUUCACUGAAUGCCUCCUUAGUCAUAGGAAAAGGUAAGUUAUCUUCGUUCAACACUAAAGUAAUCAGUAUACUGUGCAGUAAUGAGCAUGCAGAAACAUAGGACUGGAAAGGAGCUCCCUGCAUGGCCAAGUCCAGUCUAUAUCACAUUCAUAAAUGUAUUGGGUUAGGGUUUUUUGCUCCCCAUUGCUCCACUUGUGAGACUGCUCCAGUUCCCCAGUAACCUAAUAGACUGGAUCUUCUUUGAAUUUCCAGUACAAACUUAUUCAUGGCCAUUUUAUAUCCAGUUAUUUUUAUGUUUACAUUUUCAGUAACCUAAAUAGCUCUUCUCCCUCCCUGCUGUUUACCCCUGAUGUGUUUAUAGGCAGAAGUCAUAUACUCCCUCAGUGCCUUCAUAUGAUAAGAUCUCCAUUCCUUUAACAAUCCUAGUAGUCCUUCUCUGCACCUGUUUCAUUUGAAAUUAUCCUUUUUGAAGGUGAGAUUUUACCAGUACCUUUUACAAGAGUAAUAAUACUUCCUUCUCCUGGGAAUACCUCCACUGAUACAUCCUACAAUUGCAUUUGCCUCUUUUGGGGCUUCACUGUAUUGGCAGCUAAGUCAUGUUGUGAUCAAAUAGUACACCCAGGUCCUUCUCUUCCUCAGCUAUUUCCCAGUGAUGAGUUCCCAGAUUAUAGUAUAAAUUCUUGUUAGUAGGUCCCCAUCUUGUCCUACUGAAUUACAUCCCACUCCUCUAUACUCAGUACUCAAGGUUAACCAGUUUCUAUACCAGCUCUGUUCUGUAAUGACUGUAUUCUCCACCAUAUUCAUCCUUAUUGUACCAGGAUAAUUAAUGUAAAUGUUUAACAAAAUUGCUUCCAAGACUGAUCCUUGAGGAAGUCCACUGUUAAACUCCCACCACCUAAUACUUCUGCUUUCAUCACUACCUGUUACAAUCUUCCCUUUAGUCAGUUCCUUUCCCACUUUCUAACUCCUGUAUUAAACUCCCCCAUUUCCCAUCUCAACUACUAAUUUCUAAUAGUAACUAAUAAUUGGUACAGUGUAUCAAAUACUUACUGAAGCCCCUGCACACAGGAUUUGCAGUAUUUUCUUUGUCUAGAAAAUCUGUUGCUUUAUCAAAAAAAACUAUCAGCAUGGUCUGGCACAGUCUACCUCAUUGCAUUUCAUCCUGCUUUCCAUUUACCUCCUUGGACUGUAUUUAAUUAUUUUUCCCUUCAAAAUUCAUUUUAAAGCUUUGCAAACUAUCAAGGUCCAGAUAAUAGACUUGAAGUUACCUGAAUCAUUCUUUUUUCUCUCCUGUGUUUUAAAUAUAAAUACUCUAUUUGGUAUUCUCUGAUCCUUGUCCUGAUUUGAUGCAUGUAUUAAAAACACUUGCUCUAAGGGUUGAACUUUUAGAAUUUUGUAAUGGAGAGUAUCCAGAUUCCCAUUCCUCUCCCUGUCAUGAGUACAUUAAGCUCUUUGACUUCAGCUUCUACUUCAGUUGUGCUAAUUUCCAUGUCAAAUUUCUGAUUCCCAUUAGUAAUCCUGCCUUUGCUCCUAUGUUAAUCAGUACCUUUACUGAAAACUGAAGCAAAUGAUUCAUUUAGGUUUUUGGACCAUGCUUUACUGAAUAAUGCUCUACUUCUUUCCUUGUUCUCUCUCUUUUACUUAAAGUUAGCAGGGGGGGUGGAGCUUUUGCUGUUAGUUUUAAUAUCAUUGUCAAGGUCUAACUUAGCUUAACUUCUGACAAUUUUGCUUUAUCCGUACACAUUCUGAUGCAGCUUUAUUUGUUUGAUCAUCCUUAUAGACUUUCUUCUUAAUCCUCUUUCUUUUUUGAGGUAAUUAUCCGGUUAGGUCUGGAGCCUGUUAAGGAGAUAAGCUUACUGGAACUUGUUUCUUUGAGGAGCUGCCAUAUAAGGUUAUCAGAAACCAAAGGCCUUUGUAACGUGUUGGGUUUAACAGAUAAACAAAAAGCAGCAUUACCCUCUUACAACGGGAAAAGGAGUUAGAUGUUUUCUAUUCACGAUGAUUCAUUAUGGCUGCUUUCACGAGGUACAGGUCUGUGAUUGACUCUAAAACCUAUGUUCCUCUUAUAAAAUACGUCUGUUUUGAAUUCUACCCCAUACUAAAAACAUAUUUAAAUUAUUAUCAGCAUUUUGUAGUAUAAUCUGGGCUGUUAUAAAGUUGUUUCAUAUUUAGAUAUUGUAGCUUUUAGACCACAUAAGCAUUUUUCUUUCUUUUGUACCUAUGCUAGACAUUUCCUUUCUUGUAUACAAGGGUUACCUUAAAUAAGAAAUACCAUGAGCUAGGGUCCUAAGAUGAUGCACUAUAGGUGGUAAUAACAUGUCCUACUGAUAUGGUAGGACAAUGGGGGCCAACCUUUGUGGCAGGUGUGCUACAAAUUAGUCUAACACCUUCUCCAAGUGUCACUCUGAUCUGCUUCCCCUGCCCAAUCUGCUGCUCAGCUUUCUGCUCCCCUUUUGUUCCUUGCCUGAUCUAUUCUGCUUUUUGCUUCCCUCCCUGUGCUCCCUGCCUGAGUUGCUGCUUUACUGCAUAUUUCCCUCUCUGAUCUGUGCGCCAUGCACAAAGGCUACCCUCUGUGCUACUUGUGACAAUUGUGCUGCGGGUUGGCCACCGGUUGGAGCGUGUUCUCUGCAUUGAUAAAGAAAUCCCUUUCUCUGUUCUCAUCUUAGUAAGUUUAAUGCUGUUGGCUCACCAGAAAAUCCUCACGUGCAAAAUAGUUAAGCUCUGCAUAUCUUAAUUCUUCUUUAAGUUGAACUUGAUCAACAAGUUCUAACUUGUUGAGCAAAGUAGUAUCAGGUUAAAGUUUGGUCAGCAAACCAUGAACAUUUAUUUCUGAUCUGUUUUCUCAUCGCCCAGUAUGUUUUGCAUUCCAUUAUAUUAUUUGUCUGCCUAUACUGUAAGCUCCUAGAGCUCCUUAUUGUAAGCACCUAGAAGACAACCAUGUCAUCCUGUAUUUUGUACAGUAUCAUAGACAGUAUCACCAUUAGCAAAGACUGUAAGAGAGACAGACAUGGUAUGGUCUGGCAGAUACUAUCAUGGGACUUGGUGUCUGCUUUUGAUUUCCUCUAUGACCCUGGGCUAGUUACUCCACUACAUGUAUUCCCCCUUUUAUCUGCAUUGUCUGUUUAGAUCAGGGGUCAGCAACCUAAGGCCCACAGGCCAAAUGCAGCCUAUGGAGUAACUCUAUUUAGCCCUCAAAGCUAGGGCUUCUGCAACAUUUUUUGUGUGGGGAAGAGAAGUGGCAGCUGAGUUGACAGGGCCUGCUCACCUUGGACUGAGCUGGAUUAUUUCAACCCACCACUCCUUAAAUGUAGAUUCUUUGUCUAGCUAGUGAGAGUUCGGCUGUAUAAAAAGCAAAAAUUAUUUGUACAACAGGGCCCGAUCUUGGUUGCAGCAUCUAGAGGUUAAUGUGAUACCAGCCCUAAAUCUGAAGACACAUUUGAAAGUCUUGGCAUUUGAAAGCCAAGCUUUCCUGAUCUGGAAGACUAUUUGAUUUUGAUCCAUUGUAGAGAUAAAUUCGUGCUGCAAACCAAGAUCCAAAUUGUAAUACUCAGAUUUAGUGCUUGGGGUCAGGCCUUUCUUGGGUCAUGACAUAGGCUUGAAUUCAAUAUACACUUGUGAACAUCUCUCUAAAAAACAUCACUAAUCCUAGGAGCAUUCAAGUUGUCUUUUCUAAUGCAUGUUUGGAUGUUUCAUAGCUUUCUAAGGCAGGGAAUAAAAUAUAUAUAUAUUGUUGUUCAAAUCAGCUUUUCUUCCUUUCUCAAUUAACCACCAACUUUUUGUUACCGCUAUUCAUAUCAUUCAGAUCAUCAGCGUCACCCUUGAACUGCCUUUUUAUGAUCUCUCUUUUAUGCACAAAUCUACAUAUUACCAACUGUGCCACCUUGCCAGUGUACAACUUUACCUCAACUGUGCAGAGAUCUUCCUUGAUAUCCUUUCAUUGACUGUUAUCAUUCUCAGAUCUCCAGAUACCAGCAUAUGCUGCAGGCAGGUGGCAGUUCUCCCUCAUGGACAGAAGCACAACUUCACCCAUUCUCAAACAUUGCUUAAUAGUUUCAAGAUUGACUUCAAAUGCUUUUUUAUUCAAUUCAUCAUUUCCCUCUUUGUUGGUGCAGAAGCUGCCAUCUUAGUAGCUCCUGCCAUCUAUAACUGCCUUUCUGUGUUUGUCUCAUCAGCAUCUACCUCUUGAUUCCUUUGUCUGCUGAUUACCUUUUGAAUUGUAUAAUCUUCUCUGUGAUUAUUGAAACUGACUGUAAAGCAUUUUGGGAUAUAGUCUAAAAACCUUGCUAUACAAAAAUAAAGCAUUAAUGCAUUGUAAAUAUAGUAAAUUGUCUCCAUAAAUCUGAUCUGUCAGGUGUAGUAAUCAUUCACAGUUUCCAGAAAAAAAAAUGUUAUCAGGCAAGUUUAUUGGUAUGGUAAAUGUAGAAAUACUGGUAUUCUGUAUAUUGAUGUUACAUAUUCUGGCAAAAAUUAUACAUUCUAUUUUAUUAGUGAAAGUCUGUUUGCAAUAAAAACUAAUGAUACAGCGAGGAAGAACGGAACAGUCAGAAAUUAUUUAUUUGUCCUAUAUACAUUGUUUGCGAAGUUAAACAAGUCAUUUUUAUUUCAACAGUUUCUCUCUUUCAAGUACAGAACAAUGUCAGCUACUGAAGGGAAAUUUGUAUGAAAGUGCUGAAUACAGCCUAAGAGACAGCCAAGCAACGUUUCAGAAGUAUACAAAGAGGCAGAAAAAGAAGGUAAGAUCUGAUCAAACAGCUCUCCACAUAUGAAAAAGAUUGACCUGUCACAUUCUGCUAUAUUAAAAGUAAAGAAGUUUGCCAGAUGUUCAAGUGGAAUCUACAUUAAAAAUGCCAAAUAAAGCCCAAGAGGAUGCUGUGAUUAACCUGAAAUCAGUCAGAGAACUGGGCAAGCAACUGGGUUUUGAAUGGACGAUUGUUGCUAAUGAGUUAGGAUUCAGCAGAGCAGAAAUAAGCCAGUUUCACUUAGCUACCAUACAAAAGAAGAUACAAGCACAGAAAAUGCUGGAAUGCUGGUAUGAACGAUCCUGGGAUAAAAUUAACAAAACCAAGAUCCUUCAGGAUGCCCUGGAACGAGCUGGAAGAAAAGACCUGGCUGAUAAACUUCGGUGCCUACACUGGGGCCAUCAAAAAUUAAGUAGAAGAGUGGAGCUCCCUUCUGCUUUCCCCUUUCUCAUCACUGUGCACAAAACCAUCAACAACAAAGAAGGGCUUAAGAAAAUUAAUGAACUUAGUCACAAGUAUCCCUAAGGUCCAUCUGUCAAAACACUCUUUCAUUUACACAACUAGAAGUGAGGCUUAUUUUCACCCUUUUACAGAACUUUUAAUAUUUGAGCACUUGAUCAGCAUUAAUUAAUUAAUCCUGGAUCCCAAAUGUAGUUAUGUUGAAGUGCCCACUUAUAAGAGAUCCUUUUAGGUGGUUCAAGCUGUGUAAUUGUGAAAUAAUUUUAUCAGCAUAUUAUUGAUUUUGAAGCCUCAUGCACACAAGCUAAAAGAGCACAAUGAUUUAGCACACAAACUAGAGACCAAUUAGUUAUUAUGAACUUGUCAGUUAUUUACUUAUUAGCUAAUGAACUGUGUAUUUGAUAUUUAUUUUUCUUCUCAGGAUAUACUUUUCCCUAUAGACUUAAAGAGUACAGAAUAUUCAAAAUUCAUUAUUUGAGUUAUGUGAUGAAUUACCUAAAUUGCAUGGUGUUACUUGUUUUCUCUGACUGAUGUGGAAAUUUAUGUAGUUGGGUUACCCAACCCAAACCUAAUUUAGUUUUCUCAUGAAAUGUGUCUUGUGUGAUUAAAUAUUGGCUACAGGCACAUUCUGCUAAUAUUCUUUUCUUAUGAAAAGGAAGGAAAGGUGCCAAUCUCGAAAGAAUUAAAAAAUGAUUCUAAAUUAAAAAAACAGAACUGAGUGAAUUCUUUUUCCACCAUUGGCCCAUCUUGACAGGCCCUAUAGAAAAUUAUAGCAUAAAUGUUCUAUUUUUUUUAAAUAUACUUGGAAGCAUUUAGACUCAAACUUGUUACUUAUAUGUAUUUACUAACACAUUUUCCCACAUACAGCAUGCACUUUCCCCCAGAAAACAGCUGCUGAAUAUUGCAAUGCAAAUUAUAUGUGGGAAAUAGAACAGUUUCUGCUGGUUAUUGGCAAAAGUGAAAGUAAAAUCUGCACACAACUCAUGGAGCAAAACGAUAAACAGGCUCUGCUCUCUAGCUGCUGCUACAAAAAAGAUCAUUUUUGAAAGGCAGAAUGAAGAAAAAAGAGGUGCAUACUACCUUACAGGGCACGUAUGCAAAAAAUAUGGUACAUAUGUUUGCACAUACACAAAUCAAUUGGAUGUACAAAUUGAAGAUUACGUUCGUAUGGGAAGUCUAAAUGUGUGAGAAAACAGCACGGUGUUUCUACGCAACAAUUUUCUUUGUUAAAAUAUGUUGGCAUUUUCUUGAUCUAUCAUAAAGUGUUCAUGUUGCUGGAUAUAAAAUGUAAUUUAAUAAUAAAUCAUAACUGUUAUACUGUGAAAUAAAAGUUAAAUUGUC